CACAGAGCAUGCCUGAAGCUAACAGUGCUGCUCAGAGUGCUGCUAAAUACAAAAGCUGGCAGUACACGGAGCUUCAGAUUUAUCCUUGUCUGUUUUCUCGGUUUUUCUCUGCUUCUUCUGCAUCUCUCCUGUCACGGCGCCACAGUCAGGAUCUUGGAAAGGGAAAAUAACAUCUCUGGCCACAAGGAAGUUGUUGAGAGAUCAUCGGUUGUCAAGGAGAUUUCACGGUGCAGGCAAUUGUUUGCAGGCCCUUUUCUUCAUUUAUUACCAGCCCCCUCUGUCAGAAUGGAGGAUCAAGCCCUAGUCAGAACACAGACCUGUCUCUGAAUUUCAGCGUAAAUGGCUGCAAACAGUACGGAGCGAGGUGCAGCCUGCCUCACGAGGCUUUCCCCGGUGGUGUGGCGCUUUCCUCACUCGACUUUGAAAGGAUGGGGCGGAGGGAACCAAGGUUGUCAACAGGACAUCAAAGGCCAGUACUGGACCGAUGAUGAUUCUGAUGGAGACAAUGAUUCUGAUGAAUUUCCUUAUAGUGUACAGAUUCAUGAGAUGGCCCAGUCAGAAAUAUCAACCCAACAGGGGAGCUGUGCAGCUGAUCUAUACCGACACCCACAGCUCGAUGCAGACAUUGAAGCGGUGAAAGAAAUUUAUGGAGAAAAUUCUGUCUCCGUCAGGGAAUAUGGGACGAUUGAUGAUGUGGACGUGGACCUGCACAUUAAUAUGAGCUUUCUUGAUGAAGAGAUAGCAACGGCAUGGAAGGUGGCAAGGAUUGAGCCCAUGGUACUCAGGCUGAGAUUUUCUCUGUCUCAGUACCUUGAUGGACCUGAGCCAUCGGUAGAUGUUUUCCAGCCAUCCAACAAAGAGGGAUUUGGCCUUGGACUUCAGCUGAAGAAAAUCCUAGGAAUGUUCACAUCUCAACAGUGGAAGCACCUAAGCAAUGAUUUUCUGAAACGCCAGCAAGAGAAAAGGCAGAGCUGGUUCAAAUCGAGUAGUAGAGUGAAGAAAUUUCGAUCUGGGCUCAGCAUCUUCUCAUCAAUCCCAAAAUCUCCAAGCUUUCCCCUCAUUCAAGACUCCAUGCUGAAGAGCAAACUCGGGGUGCCAGAUCUCCGAGUCAAUCGUAUCAUUAAUCGUUCGAUCUCCUGCACCAUGAAGUCGCCCAAAGUGGAGUUGCUUGGAAUCCCCUCGACUAAUCAGGCUGGGAGCCACUGCAAGAACAUUCCAACGUUAGAAUAUGGCUUUCUUGUACAGACAAUGAAGUAUGCAGAGCAGAGGAUUCCCACUCUGAAUGAAUACUGUGUUGUGUGUGAUGAGCAGCAUGUCUUCCAGAAUGGGUCAAUGUUGAAGCCUGCGGUUUGCACUCGGGAACUAUGUGUUUUCUCAUUCUACACACUGGGAGUGAUGUCUGGAGCAGCAGAAGAAGUUGCCACUGGAGCAGAGGUGGUAGACCUGUUGGUUGCAAUGUGUCGAGCUGCUCUGGAGUCCCCGAGGAAAAGCAUUAUAUUUGAGCCCUACCCUUCUGUUGUGGACCCAAGUGAUCCCAAAACCCUUGCAUUCAACCCCAAGAAGAAGAACUAUGAGAGGCUACAGAAAGCACUGGAUAGUGUAAUGUCCAUCAGGGAAAUGACACAGGGAUCAUACCUGGAAAUCAAGAAACAAAUGGACAAGCUGGACCCACUGGCUCACCCAUUGCUACAAUGGAUUAUCUCCAGCAACAGGUCUCACAUUGUGAAACUACCACUCAGCAGACAGUUGAAAUUCAUGCACACCUCGCACCAGUUUCUCCUGUUGAGCAGCCCCCCAGCUAAGGAAGCACGUUUUCGCACUGCCAAAAAGCUCUAUGGCAGCACCUUCGCUUUCCAUGGAUCACACAUUGAGAACUGGCAUUCUAUUCUGAGAAAUGGCCUCGUCAAUGCUUCUUAUACAAAAUUGCAAUCGUAACGAUCACACUGCUGUCUCUUACAAGCUGCACGGUGCAGCCUAUGGCAAAGGAAUCUAUCUGAGCCCAAUCUCCAGCAUUUCUUUUGGAUACUCAGGUGAGUGACUCUUCUCUGGACCUCCCUUCAGUUGCUCGAGAUCAAGUUUCGUCCGCCGUUAUAUCUGAAGUAGAGUUCUUCCUCUCGUUUUACGAAUGGUCAAUUAUUUCAAUUCACUCCACUGCAGAAAUUAAUGCGGGUUUAUUGCAAUAGGCGAUAAUUAAUAUGAACAAAAUGCUACCUUCACUAUUCCUGAGGACAUGAAUACUGUUAAGGUUCGGAGUGGAUUCCAUUUCAGAUUAAUACAUUAGCUUGACACCGUACCAAAGGAGAGAUUUUUUUCACCUGUUCAUUUCAUGAGAUUCAUACUAGGCCAGUAUUUAUUGUCCAUCCCUAAUUGCCCAGAGGGCAAUUAAGAAUCAACCACAUUGCUUUGGGUCUGGAGUCACAUGUAGCCUGGACCAGGAAAGGAUAGCAGUUUCCUUCCCUGAGGACGUUAGUGAACCAGAUAGGUUUUCCCAAUAAGCGGCCAACAAUGGCCUGGUGGUAUCAUUGCUAGAUAUUAAUCCACAGACCCAAGUUACAUUCUGUCAAAAUAUUUGCCAUGGCAGAUGGUAGAUUUGAAUUCAAUGAAAAACCUGGAGGUAAGAGUUUAAUGAUGAUCACAAAACCAUUGUUGAUUGUUUGAAAAAAACCCUCUGGUUCACUAAUGCCCUUUAGGAAAGGAAUUUGUCAUCUUACCUGGCCUGGCCUACAUGUGACUCCAGACCCAUGGCUAUGUGGUUGCCUCUUAACUGCCCUCUGGGCAAUUAGGGAUAGGCAAUAGAUGCCGGCCUAGGUGGUGACACCCUCAUCCUGUGGGAAAUAAAGAAAUACUGCACAAACUUUUGCUGCCCUUAUUUAAGGAAGAGGCAACUACAUUUAAAGCAGUUUGGUGAAGUCUCAAUGGCUGAUUCUUGGAAUGAGUAUUUUGGCAUUUGAGGAAAAGAUGAGCAGUUUGGACCUAAGCUCUAUGGAGUUUGGAAGAAUGAGAGGUGAUCUUACUGAAACAUAUAAGUUUCUGAGAGGGCUUGACUGAUGUUUGACCUCUCAUGAUUGAACGGCCAGGUGGAAUCAUGCCAAAAUAAGAUGUCUCCCAUUCAGAUGGUUCAGGGAGAGACAGGACUGGCAGUGUAAUGUUCUAUAGAUGCUAUAGGAAAGAUAGAAAGGGAGGCAAGAGAGGAUGAGGAAUUAUAGAAUCCCUACAGUGUGGAAACAGGCCCUUCUGCUCGAAAAGCCCACACUGACCCUUGCAGCAUCCCACCCAGACCCAUCUCCUGAAACACUACGGGCAAUUUAGCAUGGCCAAUCCACCCGGCCAGUAUCUUUGGACUGUGGGAGGAAACUGGAGCACAUGACGGAAACCCACACAGACAUGGGUGGAAUGUGUAAACUCCACACAGACAGUUGCUCAAGUUUGGAAUCAAACCUGGGUCCCUGGCACUUUGAGACUGCAGUGCUAACCGCUGAGCCACCAUGCCACCGUCCCAUCCUAGUGGAGUGGUGCUUGUGCUGAGGGAGAAAACUACAGCUGUACUUAGGGAGGAUAUUCCUGGCAGAACAUUCAGUGAAGUUAUAUGGGUGAAACUUAAAGGUAAGAAAGGGAUUAUCACCUUGUUGGGAUUGUAUUAUAGGACCCCCACACUGUCACCCCUGCAAUAAUCAGUGGGAAAUUGAGAAGCAAAUUUGUAAGGAGAUCUCAGACAUCUGUUAGAAAAAUAGGGUUGUAAUGAUAGAGGACUUUAACUUUCCAAACAUAGACAGGGACCAGCAUAGUCUAAAGGGCCUGGAUGGGGAGGAAUUUGUUAAGUGAGUACAAGAAAAUGUUCUUAUGCAGUAUGUGGAUGUACCUACUAGAGGAGCAUUAUUUCAUUGCUCAGAGUUUUGCCUGCAACGGUAGUAGAUUCGCCAACUUUAGGUACAUUUAAGUCAUCAUUGGACAAGCCUAUGGCCGUACACGGAAUAGUGUAGGUUAGAUGGGCUUGAGUUCGGUAUGACAGGUCGGCACAACAUCGAGAGCCGAAGGCCCUGUACUGUGCUGUAAUGUUCUAUGUUCUAUAGGAGUUGGAACAUUAUGUUGAGGUUGUACAGGACUUUAGUGAGGCCUCUGCUGGAGAACUGUGUGCAGUUUUGGUAUCCCAGUUAUAGGAAGGAUAUUAUUAAAAUGGAGAGGGUUCAGAAAAGUUUUACCAGGAUGUUGCCGGGAAUGGAGAAUUUGUGCUAUACAGAGAGGCAGGACAGGCUGGGACUUUUUCACUGGCGUAUAGGAGGUUGAGGGGUCACCUUGGAGAAGUUUAUAAAAUCGUGAGGAGCAUUAAUAAGGUGAAUAGCAAAGGUCUUUUCCCUAGGGUGGGGGAGUUGAAAACUAGAGGGCAUAUUUCUUAGGGUGAGAGGAUAAAAAUUAAAAAAAAAGAAUAUGAGGGGCAACAUUUUUACACAGAGAGCGGGUUAGUGUAUGGAAUGAACUGCCAGAGAAAGUGAUGGAUGCAAAGGUACAGUUACAAAGUUUAAAAGACAUUUGGAUAAGUACAUGAAUAGGAAAAAUUUACAGGCAUAUGGACAAAACGCAGACAUGUGGGACUAGUUUAGGUUGGGAAUAUGGUCAGUGUUGACUAAUUGGGCCAAAAAGUCAGUUUCUGUGCAGUAUGCCUCUGGGACUUUGUGGCUCAGAAGACGGAGAUGAGAAGUUAUUUCUUCUCUUAGGGGGUUGUUAGUCAGUGGAAUUCUCUUCUCCAGGGAGCAGCGAUGUCUGGGUCAUUGAAUACAUUUAAGGCUGAGUUCAAUGUUUUGACUGGCAAGGGAGUCAAGGGUAUUAUGGGGACAGGCAGGCAAUUUGAGCUAUGGCCACAUCCCAUCAGCCAUGAUCUUCUUGAAUGCUGGAGCAGGCUCAGUUGGCAAACUGGCCUACUCCUGCACCUAUCCCUUAUGAUUUGAAUGACAAAGAUCACUCGACCAAAUAAGCUAACAUAAAAUCAUGUAUAUAAGUGACUGCAUGAGCAAAUGGCAGCUUGAUACAUUUACAUGGCAUUUCUCCACUUGUUGUUUCAAUGAAAAUACUAAAUUAUUCAAUAUAAAUCGAUUUAUUUAUCCUACAAAUACUGAGGAAUGGAUUGUUGGUGUUUGUGCAUUAGUUUUACAGUACUUUCUAGUCUUAGAACAUUUUUCAGAAAUAGACAUCCCAUUAUGAAUAUAAUUCAAUAUUUUGGUGAUGUAAAAGCAGUGGAAGUUUCAACAAUAGCUUCUGUCAUAGCCUUCAGCGGGGCUGAGGAGAAAUUUGUUCAGAGCAAAAACAAAGUUGCUGGAAAAGCUCAGCAGAUCUGGCAGCAUCUGUGGAGGAGAAAACAGAGUUAACGUUUCGGGUCCAGUGACCCUUCCUCAGAACUUCUGAGCCCCAGCCUCCGCAGUUCUUUCGGUUUUUAUUUAGAAAUUUGUUAAGUGCGUCCAAGAAAGUUUUCUUAUGCAGCAUGUGGAUAUACCCACUAGAGGAGCAAUAUUUCAUUGCUCAGAGCUUUGUGUAUAGGAGUUGGAACAUUAUGUUGAGGCUGUAUAGGACUUUAGCGAGGCUUUGAUCACUGGCUCCAGUCUAAUUUUUCACAGAAACGUCUGCUGAUUAGGAACGGGAACAAUGACCGAACAUCCACUCUCCUUUCUAAGGCUGGCCAAGCUGUAGAUAAACUGUAGUGUCACCACUGUCACUAUGCAUAGGACCAGCCACCUCAGUGCAGACUGGUAAUCGAAUCCAGAUCUUGCCUGACCUGCAUUCCAUUUGGUGAGGUAUCCAUCUGAUGACACAUCAUGUUGCUGAGCAACAUUAGCAACUGACAUAUGGAAAUUAGGUCUCAAAUGAAUUGGAAAUUUAGUGUGGUAGUCGACAAAAAUAUAUUCAAAUCUUGGCCUUUGUUUCUAAAUUGAGCAGGACCUUGGGAGCCUAUAAUUCCUCUUUGGUUUCACCAUUGCAACACCUUGUUCCAUCUUUCGUUGAUUUGCUGACCAUACAGCUCCAUUUUUUCCUCCAAUAUUAAUUGUUAUAAUCACUUGAACAUUUUCAUUCUUACAUUUGUCUUGAUGAGUGUAAAAUGAGAAAAAAGCUUCUCUAACAUGUAUUUCUCUCUUCAGAAAUAGACAGUAUAUUACUGCUAUUAAUGCACCCUAACCCAAUUAGAUAAUACAGUCGCGGGCUCUUUAUCAAAGGCAAGAGAAUAGAGUUUGUGCUGUGGAGCAAACGUGUUUUAAUUCAAUGAAGGGUUUAGAGUUUAAAUAAUUACCUUAUUAUUCGAGGUCCUCUUGUCUUUACGUUACCUCUCAAAUUAAAAACAGAUCAGCUGCUGGUGAAUUUGUGUAUUCAUGUAGAUUAAUAGAUUCAAAACCAACAUGUACAAAGAGACUUUGAAGUGAACGUUCUGAGCAACAGUAUUCCAUUCAUGAGCCCUGCCCAGAAGCAAACUUGGUGCAUCUCUUUCAAAGGCUGCAUUAAGAAAGGAACCGGGUAGGAGUGCUUUAAGCAUCUGUAUACAAACCUUAUCUAAUCAGAGCCUGUAAGCCACUGCAUUUUGCUACUAUUUCCUUUAUCAGUUUGCUGAGAUUGAUAACCUUUUUUUUCUGGAAUAAAAGGC